GCAUCAAGCUAUCGCGUGUAUACAUAACACGCAUCAGGAAAUCGCGUGUUACGUUAAACACGCGACAGGCUCUCGCGUGUUACGUUAAACACGCGACACGCUCUCGCGUGUUACGUUGGACACAAAUUCGAGCCCAGACGGCAGAGACCUCACUUUCCACUCGCGAAUUCACUUUCGGCUCGCUCAUUCUCUCGCACUCAGCGACGGCUAACGUCUCUAGCCGGCGAAAAUCGAAGUGAAUCCGAUAUUUUGAUGCUCUAAUUCCUAUUUGAAGUGGUGUUAGGUUUAAUGGUGUUUGUGAGUUUAUAUUGGGAUGGGAAAAUUAUUCAGCUCCCAGGUUUGGGUGUUGCUUAUGAUCCCCCUCGUGCAAAAUCAUUUAUUAUAUUGAAUGAAAAGAUAUCUUAUUAUCAACUUGUUUCAAUGAUAUGUGAAAAAAUUGGAAUUGAGUUGGAUGCACAUACGAUUGAUUUAACAUGGAGGCAUCCUGUGGUUUUUAGUGGAGUGGUGAAUUAUAUAGCUACACCAGUGGAUGCUAAUUUGUUGGAGUAUAUGUUUGCUGAAAAUCCAAGUCAAAUUGAACUUUUUAUUGAAUAUACUCUUGUUACCACUGCGUUGCAAUUUGAACCACCUAUCACUCAUCAUGAUGUUGGAACGUCUAGGAGAGAUGGUUAUCCUAGUUUUGAUGUCGGGACAUCUAGGAGGGAUGAUGAAUAUCAUAGCUUUGAAUUCAACACAUCUGGGAGGGAGGUUGAUGAACCACUAGAUGUACCAAAUGUGACAUGUGAUGGUUAUGAUGGUUCAGAUGGUUCUGAUAAUUGUGAUGGUUCAGAUGGUUCUGAUAAUUGUGAUGGUGCAGAUAAUGUUGAUGGUGCAGAUGGCUCUGAUUGUGAUGGUUCCGAUGGUUCUCAACCAAGUGAUCUUGAUUAUAGUGCAGAAUCAUGUGAAGAUUCUACAGACGAUGAGACACUUGAUAUGAUGGUUGAAAAUUAUGUACAACCAUCUGUUCGUGGGGAGCAACCUGUUCCCAACUAUGUGCCUGAAGGGUUACCAUUUUUUCGAUCAUUACCAUGUGAAGGCAGCCGAGGUUACUUUUCAGAAGACCAUGGAUUGGUUGAAGAAGAUAUGUGGUAUUGGGAUGAGGAUAAUCCGAGACAUAUAGAUGUGGGAACAAAAUUUGAUAGCAAAUUGCAGUUGAAAACUGCUAUCACAUUAUGGCAUGUGGGAACAGGUCGGAUGUAUGAGGUUAUGGAUAGUCAUUCAAGAAGAUGGCAUGCAGUUUGUAGGGACCCAUUUGGUCCGAAAAGAAGAGGCAGGGACCUUGGGCAACGCUACCCAUGUAAUUGGGAGGUUAAAGCAACGUUUAAGAAACGUGAUGGUAGCUGGUCUAUCAACUCAUGGGUUGAUCGACAUUGCUGUAUGGGAGAUCACGAUCCAAGUGAACAUGUUAAUCUUACAUCAUCCAUGAUUGUUCUCUGUAUUCGAAGCCAAAUUGAAAACGAUGGUGGAUUCAAGCCUUCUGCAGUACGUACAUAUAUCCAAGAUAAAUUUCACGUGAAAAUCAGCUACAAGAAAGCAUGGUACUCUCGCCGAUCAAGUUGA